AUGGCGGUUUCUUCUUUCUCGAUCACUCCCAUAACUCUGCAGCCGAAGCUGGAAACGAUUCAUGGAUUAGGGCUAGUACUUCCUCGUUACUCGAUUAAUUCUCACUUUCGUAAAAACCUUACCGGUGUCUCUCUCCGGCGCAACACCGUGGUCGUCUCGGCCAUUACCGGCGCUUCGGGAACUGGAACCGAGAAAGAGAGUGUUGAUUUGCUUGAUACAGUGAAAAUCUUGGAUUUGAAAGGAAAUGAGAUUCCGAUUUCUGAUUUAUGGAAGGACAGGAAGGCUGUUGUUGCAUUUGCUCGUCAUUUUGGAUGUGUGCUCUGUCGAAAACGAGCAGCUUAUCUUGCAGCAAAGAAGGAUGUGAUGGAUGCAUCUGGCGUUGCUCUUGUUUUGAUUGGACCGGGCAGUAUCGAGCAGGCUAAUACUUUUGUGGAACAGACUAAAUUUGAAGGAGAGGUCUAUGCAGAUCCAGACCAUGCAUCAUACGAGGCGCUCAAAUUUGUCUCAGGGGUUUCUGUGACAUUUACCCCCAAAGCCGCUCUGAAGAUAAUAGAGUCUUACAUGGAAGGAUACCGCCAAGACUGGAAACUCUCAUUUAUGAAGGAUACAGUAGAAAGGGGCGGCUGGCAACAGGGGGGAAUCCUAGUUGCUGGUCCUGGAAAAGAUAACAUCUUUUAUAUCCGCAAGGACAAAGAAGCUGGAGAUGACCCGCCUAUUGAAGAGAUUUUGAAAGCGUGUUGCGCUUGA